AGUUGCCACGUCCACAGGCCACAUCAGCAGACCACGUCAGCAGACCAUGUCAGCAGACCACGUUAGCAGGCCACGUAAGCAGACUACGUUAAUACGCCAACAGGCCACUUCAGCAGGACAUGUCAGCCGUGCCACGUCAGCAGCAGAGGAUACCAAACAGGCCCCGAUGUUUAUGCUGUUGAGAUCUCAAACAGCAGUCAUGGACCAGAGGCCCGGAGAAGCGGAUGAGGCCUAUCAGGCCCGCAAGCUGGCCUGGAGUACCGAGACUAAGAAACGGGCAGAUGACGUUGUAGCAGCAGCGAAGAAGGAGGCAGAAGAUGCCGAACAGGCACGUCUUCUGGCACUUGAACAACAGCGCCAACAUGACAAGGCAACAGCAAGGGCUGCCGAUGAAGAAAGAACACAGCGUCGUGAGAAGAUAUUUACCGGAGAGCGGACAUUACUUACCAUGGCAGCAGAAUGGCGAACCGAGGCCGAGAAUAACCAGUUGGAGGAUAGCGCAAACAAGAUAGCGCUCCUCCUCUCACAUCUCAUGGAUCUCCUGGCAACCUGCAUUACACAGCAGGCAGAGAUCCUUGGUCUCGAGAGAUCGCUAACUCACCUCCAAGACCGUUUUCAGCGGUUGGAGCAGCGACCAGUCGCCGUCGCCGACGCAGGCUCUUCCAAUACUGCCGACCGCCUCAAUGCAUUUGAGAUGCACGUCGGCUCACUCCAGGAUGGCGCACAGUUACAGCUCACCGCGACGCAACAAUUGCAGCAGCGGGUCUGUACCACCGCCACUACCUCGAGUACGGAGCCGCGCGAGUCAACUCCAAAGUUUGACGGGCAGGAGAUCUUUUGCGACUCCAUGAAGAUAGAUCCGAUUCCAUGGUUCCGCAAGUUCGAGCUCACGCUGCAGCUGUCCAACGUCAAGGAACUCAAGCAUCACGCCUACUUGUACUCUCGCUCAGGGGGCGCGUGCCAGGCUUGGUUGGACAACCUCCUGUCCAAGUACGGAGUAGUAGCUGCCGACUUGCACACCAAGAUCAGUUGGGAUGAUCUGAAGGCGGCGUGGCACAAACGGUUCCAGGUGGAGCCGCCAGAGAUCAAAGUCAUGGACAAACUCAUGGUCUUCGAGCAAGGCACGCUGCCGAGUACGGACUGGAUCGCCGAGUACCAACGCUUGACGUCACUCCCAGACAUCCAGAUGGGCUUCAAGGCCAUCCGCCAUUACUUCAUCUCAAGGUCAUGUUCGACAUUAAGCGAUCCCAUGACUCAUGUCGAGGACACCUUGACGACGGCAGCGGAGUUGUUCGAUAAGGCUGCGCAGAUCAUUAUCACGAACAAGGAGGCCAAGAACCUCCGUUCAUCUGCGUCAGGCCCGAGCAGGGACCAGCAUUGGCCAAGAUUGGUCGUGGUCGCAGCGGCAGCGCCGUUAGACCAACCCAGCGAGGCUGUGUCUGCCAGUGAAGGGGACAAAUUCGCAGCCGCCCGGGAAGACGAAGGGUUGCCCAUUGAAAGGCAAGGGCAGACAGGGAAAUUGAGCACCGCCGAGAGUGACGUGACGACACUCUCGACGCCUUCGGAACUGGUUUCUUCGCGAGUAACCAGCCUUCAUUCCGAGGCGCAUGCGGAAGUCGACAGUCCUCCGCUUCCCCUUUCUUUUGAGGACUAUGCUGCCCGGCUCGUUCCAACGGUGGGUACUCAAGCUCAAGGACAAGGAGUGUGUGCGGUUUCUUCUCUGUCCGACAACAGCGGCAUAUCGUCUUCAAGUGGUUCGUCACGGGAUUCGGCGCGCGAGUUCAAUAUAGAGGCAUUGGACCCGCUCACGUCUGAGGACUUUGCAUGGCUUCCUCUCCCGACCACAGACUGUUUGCCGGGACCGCGAUGCGCAACACUCAACGCUAAUCUUCACACUUACUUAUCCUUCUAUGUCUCACCAACUUCGCCGACGGAUGACGAAGUCGCGGUGGGGGACAUCCUGGCGUAUACUAUCAAGGAGGCCCGCGAGUUUCGCACGCAGCGGUAUGAUGACAACAACGCACCGCUCAUGUAUGUCCGCAUUCAGGUUGGGCAAGCGUCCUGCAGCGCUUUGCUGGAUAGCGGCGCAUCUCGCAACUUCAUGAGCCAAUCCUUUAUGCAAGGGGCUGGCCUUGGCGCACAAGUUCGGAGGAAGGCAAACCCGACGGCGAUCAAGUUGGCGGAUGGAAAGACGCAACAACUUCUCGACCGUUACAUUGAGGCCGUACCGGUCUACUUCGCACCUCAUGCAUGUGAACCGGUGACAUUCGAUAUUCUCGAUACGGACUUCGACAUCAUUCUGGGAAUGCCUUGGCUUGCAAGUGCGGAUCACACGGUCAUCUUCCAUCGGCGGACUCUUAGCGUUUGCGACGCCUUCGGCGCGGAAGUGGCGUGUACUAUUCCUCUACCGCACUCUUCGAUCCGGUGCCAAGUGGUGACAACCAAAUCAUUCCGGGCGACUUGCGCUUACGAGCAACCCGAGGAGAUCGGCCUAUGUUUCCUACGGACCAUCGCGGUAGCCGACUCUUCACCCACGGACUUGUCUUCGGACCCCCGUGUGGUGCGGUUGCUGGACGAGUUCGCCGACAUCUUCGAGGCACCUACCGGUGUGGUGCCGGAUCGGCCGAUCUCUCACGAGAUCAUUCUUGAGGCCGGUGCCGUGCCGCCGAAAGGUUGCAUCUAUCGGAUGAGCGAGGAGGAGCUUGAGGUACUCCGCGCACAACUCGACGAUUUGUUGGCCAAGGGCUGGAUCUGCCUGAGUGGCUCUCCAUAUGGAGCACCAGUUCUCUUCGUCAGGAAGAAGAACAAGGAUCUACGAUUGUGCAUCGACUACCUCAAGCUCAACGUGCAAGCCGUCAAGAAUGUGGGGCCUCUUCCUCGCAUCGACGAUCUUCUCGAGCGACUGGGCGGUGCGAAGUAUUUUUCCAAGUUGGAUUUGAAAUCAGGAUAUCAUCAAAUCUCGAUCCGGCCGAACGAUCGCUACAAGACCACGUUCAAGACGAGGUACAAACAUUUUGAGUGGGUGGUCAUGCCUUUUGGCCUCACCAACGCCCCGCUCACACUGAUGUCGAUGGAACAGGACACCUGGGCACUGCCACGAUGCAGUGCCAGGCUUGCAGUUCGUACCCGCCCCCUGGUACCUCCAAGAACCAAGGCUCAACAACAGCGACUCAGCAAGCGGACGACUUCAACAACAUCAAGUACAGUAAUGACAGUACCGGUUACCACCGGAGUUCUUCCCGCAUGCCCGGUCCAAGGGGCCGGUGAGCCGUUGGCAGCUUACCUUCAGCGGGUACAGGCAUUCACAGAUGCCGUAGCUACCGCAAAGGCACAGGAGGAGGCAACAGAGGUGGAACGUGAGCAGUUGGCCAAUGAGGCGGCGGCCCUAACUCAGCAGACUGCUGAGGCUGACGCCGUGGUGCGAGAUAAGCGGAACGCCAUGUGCAUGGAGUCCUUGACUAUGAAUGAGAGUCAGUGGACGACAAUGCUCCAAGGCAUGUUGUUUGUGUCUUCGGAUACACAGGCGGAUCCGACACCGGCGGAGGAAGAAAGGAGCAACUUGGCUAACCUAAUGAUAAACAUGAUGCGAGCGAUCAUGUGGAACAAUACGAUGUUAAUGGUGCAAAUCCACGAGGGCAGACAAUUGCGACAGAUUCAACAGAAUGAUUCUGCAGCCUUAACAACUGCCGUUCGCGCUACCGCCACACAUCAGCAACAACAGCAACAGCUGUUCAGCACCACCACCGCACGUGUCAACACCAUCGAGGCUAAGGCCUCCGCAGCGCCAGGCUGCACGACAAACGAGACGAAGCAGCUCAAUGGGCGCAUCGAUCAUGUCGUCAAACUCAUCGGCGACAUAGGUGUUUUCAAUGGGCCAGACACAAUCAGCAGCAUGGUGGCCGCCAUCAAGACGGACACCACCAAGCUGCAGACGAGACCGGACGCCGCUACGAAGGCUUACAAGAUACCGGACUUCGACAUCAGCAAGUUCGACGACUACAACAAGUCGGACGCCUUGACAUGGUGGCAACGUUUCCACACGGAAGCAUCAUGCCGCACUGUCCCGGCGGACGACAUGAUGAAGGCGCUCUAUUUGCAACUGAUUGGAGGAGCGCAGACAUGGAUGAAUUAUCUGGCGGCUACCAACAAAUGCACCAUCGCCGAACUCCACACGCACAUCACGUGGAAGGAGUUCGAGAAGCUAUGGCUCACCCGGUUCAUGGUUCGCAACAUCGUGAAGGCAGCCAUGAACGAGGUGUACACCUGCUCUUAAGGUAGUAUGCCAACUCGAGACUCGACAACUAAGUGGCAGAAGAUAGUGACCACGCCAGGCUUCGAUUUGAGUUUUACCAAUCAACGAUC